AUGUAUCGUAGCUUAAAUCGUAGUUUAUAUGUCAGUUUCAGAAGGUACAGUAGCGCUUAUAUAAGAGAACCAUUUCGUAUAGGAUAUCCUCGAGGAUUUAAUCAAGAAGCAAUUGGUCGUAUAAGAAAUGAUGUUUUCCCCAGCGAGAAAUUGAGCCCUUUAGAUUACUUCAUCAAAGAAGGAAACGAUGAACAGUCCUGGGCAGAUUUAAACUUAUAUGAGCGAUCUAAAUAUGUAAAUAUGGUAUCACAAGGUGAACACAAAUAUACCAGUCCAAAGCCAGAGUUGAGUCUGGGGUACAAUUUGUUCCGUGCAUUGAAUAAACAUAUAAGAAGUAAGAAGACUGCAGAUGUGCGAUGGCUGCGCUUAUCCAAUAAGGGCCGUGAAACUUAUACUAAGGAUGCAAAUUUUAUAGAGAAGGCUCAUAGAGAGUUGGUCAGACAAUGGGAAGGAUGGGAAAUUGUAGAAUAUUUGAAAAACGGCAACUUUGAUGCCGACGCCCAUAGUAAAUUCAAUCCAUUCCCGUAUCUGGGUCUUUACCCAUGGGAAGUAAUUACUGACAAGUUGAUACUGGGCAGAAAAUAUCAGGAGUUGUUUGAGUUUGAAGCCGACUACUACGAUCGUCUCAUAUAUGAAGCCUUCAGUGGAAGAUCUAGAUGUAUAAAUGACAUGUAUCGAGACGAUACUGAUGCAAAGACGGCAUCUGGCUACGCCAAGUUGAGCGCACUGGAGAAAUUGCAAUAUGAGGCGAGACACUUGAGAAGACUAAACCACCUAGAGAAAAAUCGCCUAACAAGUAGUCCGAUCCUGCCGUUUAUGCAAUUCGUACGGCAGCUAAAGAAAGAAGAUUCAAAUUCUUUAUUGCCCUAUAGGAAACUUGUUAGCAAAGCAGGUGAGCUUUGGAGAGAAUUAUCACCAGAAGAGAAAGCACCAUAUAAACGAGAUAUCAACCCGAACUCCUUAGAGUAUGUCCAUGGCCGACUACAACAGAAAGUUGAGAUAACCAUGAGCUACAUUUUUGAAGUUGGUGGGGUUGAAGGCGUAGACGCUAGCUAUGACUGGAAGGAAGAUAUGGAGAGUAAGGAACGAUGGAAAAGGGUAGGUUAA